UAAAAUCGAAGAUGUUGGUUUUUCCUCCUCGAUUGCCCUUGACAAUAAUAUUUGGAUUUAAUAGUAAAAAUGACUUGAUUUUUCAUCUCUUAUAUUUUUAUUCUUCUUAAAGGUGUAUAUAAAAAAAUACCGUAAGUCGCGUUUCAAAUAUUAGUUGAUUGUGCAUUUUUUAUCAUCAUGCUGGUCUUGUUGUCUGCAUGAAGAAAAUGCAACAGGGCGAACCGGUAUCACGAGAGUCAAGGGACCAGUUUUAUGAGGCCCUUGCAUUCCAUUCUCGUGGGAACGAUCGAGCAAAUGUACAGUAUGAACGAACGCCAGCCUCUCAGCCUCUCGGUCCAUCCUCUCUCUUUUCUAUACUAUAUUUUCGUCCAACUACGUGGCAUGGUACGUAGUAGCUGGAAAUAUCCAGCACAGAGAAGUCGAUUCAUUCAUCUAUACAGAAUAGUCUAGCAGCAUCCGGCUGACAUUCCAUCAGCAUGAAAACAUCAUUUUAGUCGGAAUCUUAUUUGUCAUUCAUCACCUAAUCACCCUAAUCAGCUGAGGAUUUCAACGAAAUUACACUACUAAUGAGUUUCUUUUCUUUUUUCAUCGAGAACAUUUUAUGAUGAAUUAAAUUAAUUAUCAAAAUUAAUUCGUUUUUCAAUUUUACAAAUAAUGUUUUUUAUACUUAUGCAGAGCGGAAGUCAUCACUGAUUAUACCUGCAGAAAAAGAAGCUUUUAGUUUUUGAGAUAGCAGGAUUUUUUGUUUAAAAAAUGUCAUUAGACGAAUGUGAGUCUGUCAAAAAUUUGCAGUGUGGGUGUUUUUGCAGUUGCCAAGUUUUAUGAAAUUCUCUGGUGGUUCACAAUGUCUAUUUUACGACAUGCAAUGCCCUCUGUUGUAGAAUUGCUGCCUUAACCAAACAUUCUAUAAUGUUAGUGGCAGGUCUUGCAUUUUUUUUCUCCUCUGAAGAAACGAGUCGUCAGAGCUAAUUGUUUUCAAAGUGUUUUUCAAUAAAUAAAUCAAUUGUUCUACAUUUUUUAAAAAUACAAUUAUAUGUAAGCUUGAAAGUAUACAAUGCCAGAUUUAUUCGAUCUCGCAAAUUUAAUAAAGAACGUGAGUGUUGAUGCUGUGAAAAUAAAACAAGAGCCGGGCCUCCCUGAAAAAUCAUCAACUGAAAUUUUGACAGAAUUAUUCAGUACCUUUGACACCGACACUGCUGACUUGAACAAUUCUCAAGAAAAUGAAGAUGAUGAUAAUGAUGAUGGGGAUGUUGACAAGUCAAAGAAGAAAAAGAAGAAGAGUAAGAAAAAACAUAAACACAAGGAGAAAAAACAUAAGAAAAAGCAGAAAAGUGGGAGUGACAGUGAGCCCGAUAAAGACGGAGUAAAGAAGAAGAAAAAACACCGGAAAAAAUUGAAACGGAGAAGAGGGUCAGGCUCAGCUGAUUCAUUAGAUUCAGUUGGGCCGAUUCACAAAAUAAAGAGAGAACACUCACCUUUAAAUACAAAGAAAGGAAAUGAAAAUCAUACACUAGCUGAGACGAUGUUUGAUCCACAUGGAGACGCCGAGAAUGAAUAUGAUCCAAAAACAAAUGGAUCUGAAAGUCCCAACUUACCAUCGAUUUCAAGGAAAAUUCAAGAUGAUCUUGAUGACUCAGUGGCUCCGCGAUUACUCGAAAAAUCAGAUCAACCGUCGAAGCCGAAAAUUUUAAUCAAAGACUUGAAAAAUAGUGUUGUCUAUAAUGAAACGGUAAAAGAAGUUGAAACCAUAGAGAAGGAAAAAGCAGCUCGAGUGGAGGAUGGAGAAAUAUCAGAGAGUGAGGAUGAUGAAAGAACCCCAACAUUGAGUCCAACUCCUCCUUUAGAUUCUUUCGAUUUAUCAGGUAGUGCCUCUUCAAGUAAUACUAGGAAUAAUAAAAAAUCUAGAUAUCACAGAAACGGUAGCCCAACAGUGAGCUCUUCGAUGAAAAAAGAUCUUCGGUAUAUUUUGAAGAAAAAGGAGAAGAUUAAAAAAUUGGAGAGCGACAGAAGUUCUCGUAAUGGAGAUACAUCUAAAGAUAAGAAUAAAGAUACACAUGGGAAAAUUUUGAGGAAUAGAGAUACUGAAAGAAGAACAAGUAGUCACUCAAAAGAUAAGAAAGAAUUAGACUCAAUGAGCUUUUAUGGUAAUAAGCGAGAUUGCAUUGUCAGGAAUACUGAGAGAAGACACAAAGACAGAAGCGAUGAGAAAAGCUCCACAAGGAGUGGAGAGAGGAGCCGAUAUCGCUCUGAUCAUUCUGCCAAUGAUCGAAGCAGAAGUACGGAUAAACAUCGACGGCGAAGUAGAAGUAGAGAGAGAAAGGAUCGAAUUGAAAUUGACAAGAAGAAACUACUUGAAAUAGCAAGGCGAAAUGCUAUAAAUAUGAUUAAACGGGGAACAUUACCUCUCGCCCAGCAGGACAAAGCUAUUGCUGCCAUUCAGGCUGGCGGUAAAACUGUCGAUGAAUUAAUAGAUUUCUGUAAAUCUCUUUCAAAAUCUGAAGCUCUUGGUGAGCUAUCAAGUGUUUCCUCUGAUGAAGGAGGGAGUGGAUCGGAAAAAGGUUUUCACCAUCCAUUCUUGCUAAAAGAGCGACCAAAUUCAAUCAUAAUGAACAUACGAGACUCUAAACAAAUACCCACGAAAACCUUUCAAGAGAGAACAGCUGAAUCAUCAAAUCAACUUCGCCUCCAAUUUCCAGUGUCCAGUGGUCAACACCAUCGCAAAACUGAAAAUGAUUGGGUGGACGUGACUCCCCCUCCACCACCAGUUAAAAAAUCAGAGCCAAAAAAGCUAUUUGUCCCAGCUGUUACUCCAGCGGUAGAAGAACCAUUUGCAAUACUUCCACCACGUGCACAUUCAAUAUCUGCUGAAGUAUCAAUUUCUGAACCAGUGGUUACUCCAUUAAUAGGUCCAGUUGCUCCACCAGGUGUCCUCCCAACGACUCAGCAGACUGGGGUUUUUUCCCAGUUACCAGUAGAACAGAAUGUUGACAUCGGGACGAUAGUUUCUCAGCGUUUGGCAGCCAUGAGAAAACUCCGAGAGAAUCCAAAUGAUGUAGAAGCCCUCAGUGAGAUGUAUCACGCCCAGAAUGAGAUGAGAAAUUGGGCGGAAAGUAAGCAGAUGCCAGGUCAAUUCACUGGUAGCACCGGUGUUAGAGUACUAACUCCAGCUGAACUAACAGCAGGUUAUCAAGCAUGGGCUCGUAAGGAAAACAUAAUGCCGAUGAUUAUGGAAGCUGGAAUACUUAGCUCUAGUCUGCAUCCACCUGAGGAUUUGUUACAGGCAAAUAUACGCUUCAGAGAAGAGACAUCAUCUGCUGCCUGAUGUGAUAAUUUAUGAUUAAUAAAUCACUAUUGGAUCAACUCACAUCUGCACAACCUGUCUCGGGGGGGAUGGGAAUGGCAUUACUGCAAAAGAUGGGAUGGCGUCCGGGAGAGGGUUUGGG